GAAGGGAAGGGACCUGAUUAAUCCGGCGCCUAUGAUUUUCCCUCUAGUUCCACCAAACAAGUUGAUUCGCAUUCUCACAAACACCACACAACCGAAUUCACAAACCACCCCGCCCAGCUGAAUGAAUUCCAAUCCGCCGCCGUCCCAGCUCUCCGAUGCCUCCGCCAAGAAGGUCCGGAAGCCCUACACCAUUACCAAGUCCAGGGAAAGCUGGACGGAAGAAGAGCACGACAAGUUCCUUGAAGCUCUCCAUCUCUUCGACCGUGAUUGGAAGAAAAUUGAAGAUUUCGUUGGCUCAAAGACAGUAAUUCAGAUUCGGAGUCAUGCACAAAAGUACUUUCUAAAGGUUCAGAAGAAUGGAACAGUGGCUCAUGUUCCUCCACCUCGUCCUAAGAGGAAAGCUUCUCAUCCAUAUCCACAGAAGGCGCCCAAAAAUGUUUUGGUGCCCCUGCAAGCAUCAAUGGCUUAUCAGUCUUCUUCUGUGAAUUCUAUAGCGCACGGAUAUCCGACAUGGGAAGAGGCUUCAGUGCUUGUGAACAAUGAAGUGCCUGGAAGCAUGCCAUCUGAAAAUGAAUACAAUUAUCUUGGAGUUGAAGCUGAUAUUGGAUCAAAGGGGGUUACAACUAUUAGUAACUGCAGCAUGAAUGCCUUUGGAAGUUCCCCGAGAGCAACACCAAGUUCUGAGUUGCCAAAUCAGGGAAAGCAAGGCUCUAUUCAUGGUAUUCCAGAUUUUUCUGAAGUCUAUGGCUUCAUCGGUAGUGUCUUUGAUCCAGAUAGCAAAGAUCAUGUGCAAAAACUCAAGGAGAUGGAUCCGAUAAAUUUUGAAACCGUCUUGUUAUUGAUGAGAAACCUGACCUUAAAUUUGUCCAAUCCUGAGUUCGAACCAAUUGUAAGUGCGCUGCCUCAUCUGGUUGCCCCAACAUUUUAUGUAGAAUUUUCGAUCUUGCCUACAAGAAGUGCAUAGAAAGAGGUGCUAUCAUCAUAUGAUGUGCACGUGAAGGAAGUACAAGUUUCACCUGGCACUGUGAUCAGUGCUGAAUGAGCUUACCGGCUUACCAGAGAGGACGAUGUAAUUUGAUCUGUGUAUAGUAACAGCUGAAGCAUAUUUAUGUUAUCUGGAUCUCUCUUUGCGGGCAUGAAAGACCUUUAUAUACAAGGUAGAAACAGCCAGCCCAAAUGGCACCAGAGAUGACCAGAAUCACCGGCUUGAUUUGUGUAGCCGAGCAGUUGCAUGUGAUUCCUCGGAUCUCUUCUUUUGCCUCUGUUGUAUAGAAAAUUGUUUAGGUAUGAGCAUGACACCUUUCUCGCCGAUAACUUGUAUUCUUUUCAAUUUUGGUGCACUGCAGUCUCCUUCUGAUUGGCUGCAGCUAUGUAGAUAAGUGAGAUUGUAGUUCAGUUCUUGGUGUAAACUUUCUAGUAUUGAUAGUGCAUCUUGAAGGCUGCCUAUAUGAUUCA